AUGGCAGACCUAGCGAGUCGCAUCACCCUUCCUCCCGCUGCUGCUGCUGGCAAUGCUGAGGCUCCGGUGGCCGGAGCCAAAGGAGUCCCAGGUCUUGUCGAAUCGAAUUACGAUGUCGAAGUCAAGUUGAGCGACCUGCAGAAUGACACUGACAGCCCCCUCUCUUCGCUCCACUCCUUCGAAGAGCUCGGUCUCCCCAAGCCAAUCAAUGACGGCCUCCUCGCUAUGAACUUCAAGAAGCCCUCCAAGAUCCAAGAGAAAGCCCUUCCCCUCAUGAUAGGCAACCCGCCCCGCAACAUGAUUGCGCAGUCGCAGUCUGGCACUGGCAAGACGGCCGCCUUUGUCCUCACGGUUCUCUCGCGAGUCGAUCUUACCCAGCCCACGCAGCCACAGGCUCUAGUGCUUGCGCCCAGCCGAGAGCUUGCUCGCCAGAUCCAAGGUGUCAUCCAGACCAUCGGCCAGUUUUGCGAAAACCUCAUUGUCGAGGCUGCCAUCCCCGGCUCCAUCUCGCGCGACACGGGCGUCAAGGGCAGCGUUGUGGUAGGAACUCCAGGAACUGUCAUAGACCUUAUCCGCCGUCGCCAGUUCGAUGUAUCGAAGCUCCAGGUUCUGGUCAUUGAUGAAGCCGAUAACAUGCUCGACCAGCAGGGCAUGGGUGAGCAGUGCAACCGAGUCAGGACUCUGGUUCCGAAGUCCACGCAAAUCCUCUUGUUCUCUGCAACUUUUCCAGACAAGGUCAUGGCUUACGCUGAACGUUACGCACCGAAUGCGAACCAGAUCAAACUGAAGCAGCAGGAACUUACGGUCAAGGGAAUAUCCCAGAUGUACAUGGACUGCCCGGAUGAGCAGAAGAAGUACGACGUGCUCUGCAAGCUGUAUGGUCUCAUGACCAUCGGAUCUUCUGUUAUUUUCGUCAGAACGAGAGAGAGCGCCGACGAGAUCAAGAAGCGAAUGGAGGCGGACGGGCACAAGGUUUCGGUCCUCCACGGUGGCAACGAGGGUGCCGAUCGCGACGCCCUCCUAGAUGAUUUCCGCUCUGGCCGCUCCAAGGUGCUCAUCACCACGAACGUGCUGGCGCGCGGCAUUGAUGUGUCUAGCGUCUCCAUGGUGAUCAACUAUGACAUCCCGAUGAAGGGCUUUGGCGACAGAGAGCCCGACGCCGAGACGUACCUGCACCGUAUUGGCCGAACUGGCCGGUUUGGGCGUGUCGGUGUCAGUAUCAGCUUCGUCUACGACCGCAAGAGCUACAAUGCCUUGACCCAGAUCGCCAAUGUCUACGAAAUCGAUUUGAUCCAGCUGAGCCCCGACGACUGGGAUAUGACAGAGAAGAAGGUGCAGGACGUGAUCAAGUCAAGCCGAGCGAAGCCCGAUUACGCACCCAACGUGCUUGCUUGA